UCGGGGUGGUCAGGAGCGCGGCCGCCGUUGCGCUCCGCAGCGGCAGAAGGAAGCUGCGGGGAUGGAUGAGGAACCCGACCGGACCAAGCGCUGGGAAGGCGGCUACGAAAGAACAUGGGAAAUUCUUAAAGAAGAUGAAUCCGGAUCGCUGAAAGCGACCAUCGAGGACAUUCUUUUCAAGGCAAAGAGGAAAAGACUCUAUGAACACCAUGGACAAGUUCGACUUGGAAUGAUGCGUCACCUUUAUGUGGUUGUUGAUGGAUCAAGAACUAUGGAGGACCAAGAUUUAAAACCAAACAGACUUACUUGUACUUUAAAGUUAUUGGAAUAUUUUGUUGACGAGUACUUUGACCAAAAUCCUAUUAGUCAGAUUGGUUUAAUUGUAACCAAGAGUAAAAGAGCUGAAAAAAUGACAGAACUUUCAGGUAACUCAAAAAAGCACAUAACUGCUCUGAAGAAAGCAGUGGAUAUGAACUGCAGUGGAGAGCCAUCUCUAUAUAACUCCCUAAAUUUGGCCAUGCAGACUUUAAAGCACAUGCCAGGACAUACAAGCAGAGAGGUUUUGGUAGUUUUCAGCAGUCUGACGACGUGUGAUCCAGCCAACAUCUAUGAUCUAAUUAAGUGUUUAAAAGCAGUUAAGAUCAGAGUAUCUGUCAUCGGCCUAAGCGCUGAAGUUCGUGUUUGUACAGUACUUGCCCGAGAAACUGGUGGAACAUACCACGUUAUUUUAGAUGAAAGUCAUUAUAAGGAACUGCUGAUGCAUCAUGUUAGUCCUCCACCUGCCAGUUCAAGUUCUGAGUGCUCCCUUAUUCGAAUGGGUUUUCCUCAGCAUACUAUUGCUUCUCUCUCUGAUCAAGAUGCAAAGCCAUCCUUUAGCAUGGCGCAAUUGGAAAACAACAGUGAGCCGGGUCUUACACUGGGUGGGUAUUUCUGUCCCCAGUGCAGAGCCAAAUACUGUGAACUUCCUGUGGAAUGCAAAAUCUGUGGUCUUACCUUAGUGUCUGCACCUCACCUGGCUCGGUCUUACCAUCACUUGUUUCCUUUGGAUGCCUUUCAGGAAGUUCCCCUGGAAGAAUAUCAGGGGGAACGGUAUUGUCAAGGCUGCCAGGGAGAAAUGAAAGAUCAAAAUGUUUACAUAUGUAAAGUGUGUCAGAAUGCAUUUUGCGUGGAAUGCGAUUUGUUUGUUCAUGAUUCUCUGCACUGCUGUCCUGGCUGUAUUCACGAGCACCCUGCUCCCAUAUCUGUAUGAUGUCAUCUCUUUUUAGAAAUUGUUGUAUCUAUGUUAUUCUUGCAUAAAUCUAUUUUGUUUAUUCAGCCAUAGCUUUCACUGAGGCACCUCAAAACAGGAAGGACCUAGAUGAUUACAGAAGGAUGAACACUGGCUUGGGAGCAAACUUUAAUUUUUACCUAAUGUAUUAAUGAUUUUGUUACUGUUAAUAUAUUCCUGAAUUAUCUGUAUCUGAUUUAUUUUCUUUGUUCUUGUCUGAAAAGCUCUGGCUUUUUCUGAAUGUUAUUGUGAGUAACAUGUAUAUUUGUAAAUGUGAAAGUGAUGAAAACUGGUUUGUCUCAUAACGGGGUGAUUCAUCUUUGUUUCAUUGUUCAAAAAAGAAGCCCUGAAAACACAUUUUGUAUAUAGAUGUUAUAAGCUCUUGGUUUUGGUGGAUGGUGGAGUUCUAUAGAUCAAAAUAGUUUUUUGCAAGAAUUUGACAAAGACGGUUUUGAGCUAUUAAUUGGGGGAGAUUUCAAAUACUAAUUUCAAGUAUUGUGGCUAUUCACCUUGACCUUCAGUAAGGCAAGUCAAAUACAGCUGUUGUAAAUGUGCUGAAAACACGUUUUAGGUUUUAAUUAUACAAGUCAAAACUAACUGGAUUCUGUUACAGCUGUGUCUGUAGUUGUGUGGUUUAAGUUUCACUUUCUUGUAGGCGUGCAAGAUUGUUGAAAGGCAAUGAAUUUGCAAAGGUGUAAGACCUGAGUUUAUACAAACUGUUGUUUGAUGGUCACAGUAUUGAAGACAGUGAUGCUACUUCGAUCCUGAGGCUAGAAUGAAUUGCCAGAACUGCAAGUCAUCUUGACUCCUUGGCAAAACCCCCAGAGCAACAGACAAUAAGGUGGGGGACAAGGGGAACCAUCUGUCCUUAUCUGAACAUGGAAGAAUGGAAAUUGAGACAAAUGUGAGACACUCUUUGCAAUUUCACAGUGUCUGUUUAAAGUGGGAUUGCAAUUUGAACUUGUGAGAAUGUACCAUGCUGCACCUCAGUAAGAGGAGGUUGUGAUGGUGCAGUGUUUAAAGGAGUACGUCACAUCUGUUUUUCUGAAGUUACCUUGUGACAUUUGUAAUACAUCCAGAGUAACUCA